UAAAUUGAACUGUCAAACAAUUUCUGUAAAAACUAAAGUUGUGUGGUCAAGUGUGGUGUGAAACUGAAAGGAUAAAACUUUUACGAAUGUAAAGGUUUUCGAAUUUUAUGUUUAAUACAAAAGAAACAAUCAAGCAAAAUGAGUUUUGUCGAUUUGGCGACCCUGACUAUUCAUCGGCAAAAUGAACUUGAAGCCCGGGUAAACUCUUUUCUAGAUAAAAGUAGCCAAGCUAUCAACCAAAUCAAAAGAUUAGAAACGCAGGCUCAGAGCUUUGUACGGUGUCUGAACUGUCAGCCAUCAGAGCUGAAGGAGAGGUUCCUGUCCUGCAUGCACCAGCUAGAGGAGUACACGUAUCUCAUAACUGACUUCAACCUCGCUCUUGCGAAACUUGAUAACACCCAAUGCAUGGACUUUACCCCAGUCCUGGAACAAAACUGCAACUCUAAACCGCCUCCGUCAUCGACCCCGUUCAACAUCAUCGACAUUCUCAGCGAAUCAGCUCCAUCAAAAACAACCACUUGCCCACACUUUUGCCAAACAGCGGAGUUGAAAAAAGUGAAGGUGCCCAAAAAGGAGCAGAUACUGAUUGAGUUCUCAAGCAAUUCGUGCUCUUCGGAGAGUGUCCCUUCUAACAAGUGCGAGGAUAAGGAGGUCCAGUGCGAAGUGGCGACGGGGAUAGAAAACAUUAAUAUCAAUGAAGGUGCAUCGACUUCAUCGGGCAAUGACCCAUACAACCUGCCUGCACAAACUAUUCUUGAGACUGACCGUUUGUAUCCAGCCACCAUUAUGAGUGUGGAUGGAACAUCAUUCUGGGUCAUCAUUGAAUAUCCUGAGGUUGUUUAUAAGUUGAUGACAGACAUGACAGAUUACUACAGGAUGAAUCACGUGCCGAUGACGGUGACGGAAGUGACGUCACUUACCUACUGCGCCUUUUUAGAUGAUGAAGGCAAUUCGUACUAUCGCGCUUUCUUCAUCAAACUCGUUGAGGACUUAGUUCAAGUGUUUCUCCUGGACACGGGUGAAAUGCGCUCGGGGCCCAUCACAAGCGUUCAACCGCUGGUGCCUCAGUUCUGUGAGAGCCCGCCUUACGCGCGCUGCUGCCAUCUAGCGGGGAUUGACUUGACGGUAGGCGACGAAUCUGAAGAUCUGACAGAGAAGCAGGAAGAGUUCCUAAGACUCUAUCUCGGCGUCCAGUGCCACAUUGAAGUCGAUGACAAUACUUCGGAAUCGAUGGGUGUAUACGUGAUUCUUCCCUCUUGCCCGGAGUCUCUCAACCAUCUGAUGGUAAAAGAAGGACUCGCUGUUACAAUUGACAAGAACGUACCUACGACGGGCCCGCCGGAGCUGGUGGACAGCGAUAUCGAUAACUACAUCACAAACUGCCCCGAGUAUGAGGAUCCCGUGGAAGCUGUCACGGGCUACCACAAUCGCGACGAGUUCGACAUCUGCAAAAACUACAAGGGCGGGCAGGACAAGAUGUGCUUCAAGGGCUCCCGUUGCAAGAAGAGGCACGUCGUCAAACACCCUGACGGCUGGACUCUUGACAAAGUGGAAGCGUUUGUAUGCCAGACUUUGCCGCUGCCCGCCCCCGGCACUUGGCACAAAGUGGUUGUCACUUACGUCUGCCACUAUAACAGAGCCUACGUACAGUUUGUCGACGAAAAUAUAGAAGAACCACCCGUGCCGAGUUUCGGAGUGGUGUUGCCGCCGACCACAUUAUCGGCUCUGGUUCGUGACAUGAACAGUCCUGCCUCACGACUGGCAUAUAAGCCACUGACGAUGAUUCCAGCCCUGGGCGAGAUGGUGGCAGCUUUGUACCCGCUAGACAACAAUUGGUACCGAGCGCGGGUCGUCAAUUUCUGCAGGGCUGAGCAAAAUGUUGAGGUGAUGUACGUCGACUACGGCAACACGGUCUGGGUGAAGGAGAACGACAUCCGAGCGUUGCCGCCGCGCUGGUGCGCCCUGCCCGCGCAGGCGGCGCGCGUGCGGCUGGCGGGCGUCGCCGUGCCCAGCAGCGACAGCAAGCUGUGGGCGCUCGCCAAGCAGCGCCUGCACGACCUGGUGUACCAGCGCACGCUGCAGCUGCACGUGGUAGGCCGCGACUACGACGAAAUAACGGUUGAACUAUUCGACGAUGAUGUCAACCUCGCUAAUGAACUCGCAAAGUUGGAUAUAGUGGUGAUAGAGGACUACUCUAUAGAAGAUGACACCAAUGUGAACAGAAAACAAGUGUUACCUUGACCCGAUACGAAGCAAAUGAAAAUUAAAACCACUCGAUUGUAAGUUUUCUUGCCAAAAGCAUGUUCUGAGUUUAAAUUUGUUAUUAUACUUAUAUUGAAUAGUCUGAGAAAUUCAAUUUUUAAAUUUAUUUUUGAGAGUUGGCAAAUGUGUUCUUCGUUAAAGUGUUAGGUUUCUUAUUAUUGAAUUUUUUACCGAAAUUGGAAAGAUUGUUCUGUUUUUCUUCCAUUGUAAAUUUUUGUUAGAACUGUGCGUAUGUUUUAAUAAAGUGAUAACUAGAUUUAAAGCCCUUGGUGUCAUAUCAUUGAUUAAUUUUUUUUAAUACUAUGUAAUUGUUUCGACGCCGAAAUUCUUUUGAUGUUUCAGAAUUAACGUAUGACAAACGUUAAGUUUAUUUAGUUUUAUGUUGACAAUGGCAAAGGCCGCAUUAUAUGAAGUAUUAUAUAUUUUGUUUGUAUGCUCGUCGGUAUGUUAGCUUCUUCACUUUCUUGUAUUGUUGACGUAUUCAUAAAGGUGUAGCAGGCCGGAUACAUAGUGCAAGAAAUAAUUAUAUAUAUAUAUAUUCCAAUCUAGGGGUUCCCAUGCAAAUUACACAUAGGCUACCGGUAGUCGCUUCGUGUAAGAACCUGACUUAUCCAAUCCAUGAUCAUGGUCACUGGCGCAGCCCUGGCUUCUCUCCAGAGAGAUGUGGAAGCAACCAGGACUAACAUCAGGUCCCAGGAGUUUAAGUACACGGCAAUUUACGUAGGUUGGCACGAAAUGCCAUGUAUUUUAAUUAGUGAUGUGCCGGAUCGUUAAAAUGUAUCCGCGAAUACGGAUAUUUAGUAUCAAGAUCCACGGAUACGGAUCUUUAUUUUUUUACUUAAUCGGUGUCGGUGCAUGGUAUUGUUUACGAUCUUCAUCGUCACAGACUUUUGGGGGACAAAGCUGCCAAGUUACUCUUUUUGAAAUACUUUGAAAUACAAUUAACCAUUACUUAAUUUCAAUUAUGAUUAAUAAUGUUUUCAAGUUCUUGUAAUUUUCUUGUGUUCACUUGUGUCAUCUAAUAUUUACACUUUAUAUAAGCAGCAGUAUUAAUUUACUUUAUUAGAACAGUCAUUCAAUUAGAAUUAAUUUUUAGUUUUCUCAUCAUCUCAUAGUUAGUAAAGUGAUGCUAUAAAUUAUAAUUUUAAUGGUUUAUGGAACUUAAUAGUUUUUUUAUUCUACCUUAUGUCCUAUUACAAAAUAAAAUUAAUAAUGUAAAAGAUCCGUCAAAAAUCCGUGAGAAAAGUAACGGAUACAGAUACGGAUCUUAAUUGUCCCGCGGAUAAUUAAUUAUCCGGAACAUCACUUAUUUUAAUACUGCUGGUCAAACAUGAAAAUCAAAAUGUAGAUCAUCACUAAAUUAAAUAAAAAACAAGUGCGUAUUAAUUAAAUCUUUUUUUAUCAAAAUCUGUAUCUGACCUUUGAGUAGUCCAAAUUCAAGCCAAUCUAUCAAUUGAAAAACGAUAGACUCGUGUAUAUUUUUAUAGUAUGUUUGAAAAAUUGCGCCUGUGAUAGUGUGAAUGAAAAAAUGCUCAAAGUACUCAAUUUUAUGAAUACUCAUGAGAUAUUUAGAUUUAAGGCGGUAUUCUGAACGACAGGAUAGAAGUACAGAAAUUAUUCUUGUAAUGCCAUUAAUUUGGAUAUCCAACCAAAUUAUAUAUUAAAUCAGGGUUUGGUACCAUACCCUUUGUUACCCUUGGCUGUAUAUGUAAAUAAAAGAAUAAUCACUGCAGUUGCAAGCAAAAAUACAACAUUCAACAUUCCCAAUAAUAAAACUCUUUAGAAUUUUUAAAAUAUAAUACAUUUUAUAAAAUCAAUUUUCUAGUACAACUAAUAUUUAACGGGUAACUAUUGCAAAAUUAUCGCAUAUUUUGGGUUAUUAUCCGACAGUUUUGCACAACUUACAUUAAAUGUAGGGCUUGUCUAACAUAUAAAUAGUGACUUUUUUUCCUUGUAUGUGAGAAACUUGUUCCAGUAUAAAUGUUAUUUUUAGUUAUCGAAUCGAUACG